GGGAGCCAGACGUCUUUUCUGAGAGCUCGAUCCAAGCGAGAAGGCGUGAAGGGAAGGCCGGCAAGGGCUUCCCUUCCUCCUGAGAGGGAAGAGAAGAAAAGCGAACCGGCUGGCGAAGGAGGCACUUGUUCUGCCUGGACUGACGAGGCAGAGAUCUUCCGCAACUUGCUCUGCCUACCUGUCACACCAGAAGGAUUUGAUGCCCUUCAGCCUGCUCACCUCUGUGGUGUUCAUGUUUCCCACAGGUUUCACUUCCCCCAACCCCUCAGCAGCAGCGGCUCAGGAGGUCAGAUCUACCACUGAUGGUAGUAGCAGCAGCAGCAGCAGCAGCAGCAGCAGUGGUGGUGGCACCUCGUCUUCUUCCAAGAAGAGAAAGCUAAAUAGUAAUAGCAGCAGCACCGAUAGAGAAGAGGUUGAAUCCAUCACCUCCUGCUCCUCCGUUCUUCCCAGAAAUAACUCUUCCACAUCCUCUAUUGCUGCUGCUACUACUACUACCACCAUCACCACCACCACCACCCCUGCCACCUCUGCCUCCUGUUCCUCCUCAUCAGGAGUUGCCUCUUCCAACCAUUACCUGCAGAAGAAGUUGCGCUUUGAGGACUCCUUGGAUUUUUUGGGACUUGAUGUGAAGAUGGCUGAAGAGUCUUCCUCCUCUUCUUCAUCGUCGUCACCUGCUGCCUCUUCUCAGCAGCACCAGCAGCAGCAGCAGUUCAAAAACAAAAGCCUCUUAAUUUCCUCAGUAGCUGUGGGACACCACGCAAAUGGCCUGACCAAAGCUGCCUCUUCCACCGUCUCCAGUUUUGCCAACAGUAAACCUGGGUCAGCCAAGAAGUUAGUGAUCAAGAACUUUAAAGAUAAACCUAAACUGCCUGAAAAUUACACAGAUGAAACCUGGCAAAAACUGAAGGAAGCUGUAGAAGCUAUUCAGAACAGUACUUCAAUUAAGUACAACUUAGAAGAGCUCUAUCAGGCUGUUGAAAAUCUCUGCUCAUAUAAAAUUUCUGCAAAUUUAUACAAGCAGUUAAGACAGAUUUGUGAAGACCAUAUCAAAGCACAGAUCCAUCAGUUCAGAGAGGAUUCAUUGGACAGUGUUCUUUUUCUCAAGAAAAUAGACAAAUGUUGGCAAGACCACUGCAGACAAAUGAUAAUGAUUAGAAGUAUCUUUUUGUUCCUGGAUCGAACAUACGUUCUUCAAAAUUCAAUGCUGCCAUCAAUUUGGGAUAUGGGGCUAGAAUUGUUUAGGACUCAUAUAAUUAGUGAUCAGAAGGUCCAAAACAAGACCAUUGAUGGCAUCCUUCUAUUGGUUGAACGAGAGAGGAGCGGCGAGGCUAUUGACAGGAGCCUUCUUCGCAGCCUUCUCAGCAUGCUUUCAGAUCUUCAGAUUUAUCAGGAUUCUUUUGAACAUAGAUUCUUAGAAGAAACAAAUCGCCUGUAUGCAGCGGAAGGACAGAGGCUUAUGCAAGAAAGAGAGGUUCCAGAGUACCUCCAUCAUGUCAACAAACGCUUGGAAGAAGAAGCAGACAGGAUUAUCACUUACUUGGAUCAAAGCACGCAGAAACCACUAAUUGCUACUGUAGAAAAACAGCUGCUAGGUGAACAUUUAACAGCCAUUCUACAGAAAGGUUUAAAUCACCUUCUGGAUGAAAAUCGAAUUCAGGAUUUGUCUCUAUUGUAUCAGUUGUUCAGUAGGGUGAAAAAUGGAGUGCAAGCUCUCUUGCAGCAAUGGAUUGAAUAUAUAAAGGCAUUCGGCAGCACCAUUGUAAUCAAUCCAGAAAAAGACAAAACCAUGGUCCAAGAGCUACUAGACUUCAAGGAUAAAGUUGAUCAUAUAAUUGACAUAUGCUUUUUGAAGAACGAGAAGUUUGUUAAUGCCAUGAAAGAAGCCUUCGAGACCUUCAUCAACAAAAGACCAAAUAAACCAGCUGAGCUUAUAGCUAAGUAUGUGGAUUCAAAGCUUCGUGCAGGCAACAAAGAGGCUACUGAUGAGGAGCUCGAAAAGAUGUUGGAUAAAAUUAUGAUUAUAUUUAGGUUUAUAUACGGAAAAGAUGUUUUUGAGGCCUUUUACAAAAAAGAUUUAGCAAAGCGGCUAUUAGUUGGCAAAAGUGCAUCAGUUGAUGCUGAAAAAUCUAUGCUUUCCAAGCUCAAACAUGAAUGUGGAGCUGCUUUCACCAGUAAACUUGAAGGAAUGUUUAAAGACAUGGAGCUUUCUAAAGACAUCAUGAUACAGUUUAAGCAGUAUAUGCAAAAUCAGAACGUACCUGGUAACAUUGAACUCACCGUGAACAUCUUGACUAUGGGUUAUUGGCCAACCUAUGUGCCGAUGGAGGUGCACUUGCCACCAGAGAUGGUGAAACUGCAAGAGAUAUUCAAGACAUUUUAUCUAGGAAAGCACAGUGGCAGAAAACUUCAGUGGCAAUCAACAUUAGGACACUGUGUACUCAAAGCAGAAUUUAAAGAGGGAAAAAAAGAGCUGCAGGUCUCAUUAUUCCAGACUUUAGUGCUGCUUAUGUUUAAUGAAGGUGAAGAAUUCAGUUUAGAGGAGAUAAAACAAGCUACUGGAAUAGAGGAUGGAGAGCUCCGACGAACCCUCCAGUCAUUAGCCUGUGGCAAGGCCAGAGUGCUAACAAAAAGCCCCAAAGGCAAAGAUGUGGAAGAUGGUGACAAAUUUACCUGCAAUGAUGACUUCAGGCAUAAGCUAUUCAGGAUAAAAAUCAAUCAGAUCCAGAUGAAAGAAACGGUAGAAGAACAAGCAAGCACUACAGAGAGGGUCUUUCAGGAUCGUCAGUACCAAAUUGAUGCUGCAAUUGUGAGAAUCAUGAAAAUGCGCAAGACUCUGAGCCACAAUCUCCUCGUGUCUGAAGUAUACAACCAGCUUAAAUUCCCAGUAAAGCCCGCUGACCUUAAGAAGAGAAUAGAGUCGUUGAUUGACAGAGACUACAUGGAAAGAGACAAGGAGAACCCGAACCAGUAUAACUACAUUGCAUAAACACACAAUGGGCCUUUCUUUCUUUCCUUUUCUGCACACUUGAUGUUCUACUUGGUUGCUGAUGGAUAAGCAAACCUGUUGAUCCCAUUAAAUUAACUUUUUCUACUACCAGUGGCUGAAUGGAAGCAACGUAAGGGGUGGGGGUGGGGUAUAGUAGAAUGGGCAUUUCAAUUGAUUUUCACAUGCCCAUUUUGGUAUUUACAUUUUCAGAAGAAUGCUGUUGAACUCUUCGCGUGAUAUUCGGUAUGGUGUGCAGAAAACUGUAUGGAAGUAUCUGGUCUUUGGUCUAAAGGGAAGCCCUUUUUAAGGGUUUAAUAAUAAACAGCAAAAGUAUUGAUUUCGCUAUCACUCUGAAUAACAAAGGCCAAUCUCAUGUUCACCCAAGUUUUUAUUUCUGUUGGAAAUAAAAUUACACUCCUGUGAAUGCAUUUGUAAGGCUGAUACUAUUCGUUAUUGUGGCACCCCAUGCUUGGAUUGUGCUACCGUGAAAGUGCAGAGGUUAAAACUACUGAUGCUCCUUUUGCUCGUUGCCUUCAAACAAAUAAAAAACAUUAUUAAUGUAUUUUAGUAAUAGUAAAAUACAUUUUUUUUAGUAUUGCAAAGAAGAAAAUGUUAACACUGUAUACUCAGAAAUUAAUAAUACCACAGUUGUUGGUUUGGGAUUCCCUCUUGUCUUUACACAAGCACUACAAGAACAAAAAGCAGGGGGUUUCACCCUUUGCAGAAUCUUAUGUCGCUUCCUAUUGGGCCAGGAAUCUAGAUUGGUUUUUUGUAGAUAUGCAUCUAAUGUCAGCUGCAUUGUGACUUGAAUCAAUCUGCCAGGCUUCCCAGGCUCUCCUUAACUGUAUAGCUGCAAAGAAUCUAGAAAGCUAGUCCUCUCCAAACAUUGCACAACCCUCAGAAGAUACGAGGAAGUUGGGAAAGGCAACAAGGGCAUUGAAGCCUCUUGCUGACUUUGGAACAACCUUCACCCCCCC